GCAUGAUCCCCAAAGACAAAGCUUAGCAGUUGUUAGCGUUACACAACAGCACAAUCAAAAUGUGUCGAUUUAGUGACACUGACAUCGAUGCGGGCAACACUGCAUUGUGAAAUAUGGUUUUCAAAGCUUCCUGUGAUUUAUAUUUCAUGCAUGCCAUGAUACUGUCGACGAUGUGCCAUGUGUUGCAGUGGCAAGAGGCAGCCCACUGCUGCACUCUUCUGCUGACGUUGCAUUUGGCACCGUCGCCAGCAGUGAACGUGAAUGAUUUAUGUGGUGCAAAGUUGCCGUCCACAGAGUGGUUAUCUGCAAAAUUGCAUCUCAUUUCAUCCACCUCUGCAGCAAUUGCUGAUAAACAGGGAUUUCCUGCAAAUGUGUGUAUCUGGGAGGGGGGGGGGGAAAGCUGGACAUAUUGCCUUCAUUAGAUUACAGGAAGAGGCUGCGCCACACUCAUGCUAAUGCACACUUAGCAACAAUUCACUUAAAGCAACAGUUCCAUGAAAGAUUAUCACACAAACUACAUUGUAUGGUCAAUAAUGCCUUGUAGUAUUCCACAAUCGCCGUUUGUCCAUUCAUUAAAUUUCCUUGAUAUCCGUUUUAAGGGCUCAGGUCUUAUUACACUAUUCCUGUCCUUCUUCGUAAGACAAUUCAACACACUAGUAGAGCGACUUUGUCUAAUAAGACACAUUCCUUUUGUAGUUCUUCGACUUAUAUGCUAAACUGUCUUCCUAGUAUGGACUUAAAGAGCAAACGAGUGCAUCGAUUUCAACAGCUUGAGGCCCAACUAUGUUUCUUGUCCUCACAAGUUGGACAGCUUUCACAAAUUAGACUGACAUUAGUGGUGCAGAACCUUACUUCCAUUUGGAAAGUGUUGUACUCCAGCCCCUGGCAGAAAAAUAAAUAAAUAAAUGGAAUCACCAGUCAGAGAUUCAGAGUUGGCGCGAUACGUAAUUACCGCCACUAGGGGGCCUCCUACAUGAAGGUGGGCUAUGCUUCUCACUGCUCAGUAGGUUUCCACCCAUCUGCAGCCUGCACAUCAAUUGAUUCCGAGGAACUCUUCAGCAUCUGUACGCUGACAUCAUGAGCACCACAGGUCAGUCCAUUUUACACAAUAUAAUCGUUUGUACUCAAAAAGUUGGCACCUAUACUGUUCCUUGACGACUUUUUUCCCCAAAUACUAAAUCUUGUAUUUUCUUGGAGCGGUUCAGAAAAUGUAUCUCCCAUGCAUUUUUAAUUAGGACUGGUGCACUGUUGCUACUUUCCAAAUUUACUUCUGCAAGAGUGUCUGGCCUUUGAAAUGUUAUUGCCGCAUUUGCCUUGGGAGAAAUUAUAAAUGCAAUCCGUUUAAAAUGUAAUUAAAAAAACAUACUAUAUGCAGUGGAUAGCUUUUAGAUUUGGCUUGUGAUAGCAAUAAUCAGAAUAAUAGUUGCCAGGAAAUACAAAAGCUAGUGCUAGAUUCUGUUGCUCCACCUUCCUUUGCUGUGCAUCUUUUCUGCUGAGAAACGCAUUGAGUGGAGAGAGAGAGAGAGGGGGGAAAAAAAACACUCCAGAGAUUUGUGGAUGCAAUGCUGCAGUUGUACUGCACACACCCUUAAUGCUCUUUUUCUUCUCCCCCCCUUUACUCACAGAAGCAACGUAUCGAGAUCACAAUGACUUUGAAUAUGAUGAAGAGACUUUGAGGACCACAGGGCUUGUCCUUGCCAUUUUCAUGUUUGUGGCUGGCAUUUUAAUAGCCUUAAGUAACAAAUGCACUAAAUGUGUAAAAUCCUCCUCCAAAUCAUCCAAUACUCAAACACCAAAGACAGACGUGCCUCCUCCAGCCGUAUAGCAAAUGCAGUAUUUUGAUGAAGCAAGGAGAGGUCGGCAUCAGAACCGAAGUGUGCAACAUUCACAAAAGUGUUUUAUGGUUGUUGGACCGCACCCGGAUGAUCAAUAAAAAAUGUACUCAAAUGUU